CUUCCCCAGGUCUUCGGGAGAUAUCUGAGCUGCUUCUCCCAACUGAGUCGAGGUUCUCCUGAACAGUGCGCGACCUCUGCUUUUUUUCCCUCUUUUUGAAUGUCGAGUUUCUUCGUUUCUGUUUAAUACUACUCAAUCGUUUUAGACCAACAGACGCCAUGGCUUCUCCUCAGCAAAUCCGCACCGAACUUACCGAUCUUUUCAAGAUCAACCACCCCAUCCUUCUCGCCGGCAUGAACGUUGCCGCCGGUCCCAAGCUGGCUGCGGCCGUCACAAACGCCGGCGGUCUCGGUGUUCUGGGUGGUAUCAACUACACCCCCGAGAUGCUCAAGGAGCAGAUCGAGGAGCUCAAGUCGCACCUCCACGACAAGAAUGCGCCGUUUGGCGUGGACCUCCUGCUGCCCCAGAUCGGUGGCAACGCCCGGAAAACAAACUACGACUACACCAAGGGCAAGCUUAAUGAGCUGAUCGACAUCAUCAUCCAAUCCGGCGCCAAGCUCUUCGUCUCGGCCGUCGGUGUCCCCCCGAGGCACGUGGUAGAGAAGCUGCACAAGCACGGCGUCAUCUACAUGAACAUGAUUGGCCACCCCAAGCACGUCAAGAAGUGCCUCGACCUGGGCGUCGACAUCAUCUGCGCCCAGGGCGGCGAGGGUGGUGGCCACACCGGCGACAUCGCCACCACAGUCCUGAUCCCCGCCGUCGUGGACGCCUGCAAGGGCCACAAGUCGCCCCUCACCGGCAAGCCCGUCCAGGUCCUCGCCGCGGGCGGCAUCCACAACGGCCGGAUGCUCGCGGCCGCGCUCAUGAUGGGCGCCAGCGGCGUCUGGGUCGGCACCCGCUUCGUCCUGUCCGAGGAGGCCGGCGCUCCCGAGUCGCACAAGGAGGCCGUCCGCACCGCCGGCUUCGACGACACGAUCCGCACCCUCAUCUUCACCGGCCGCCCGCUGCGCGUGCGCAAGAACCCUUACAUCAUGAACUGGGAGGAGGAGCGCGCCCAAGAGAUCAAGGAGCUCACCUCCAAGGGCAAGAUCCCGUACGAGGCCGAUCUCGACAAGGUCAUGUCGGGCGAGGCCGAGGCAACUCCCGCCAUCAAGGGCUCCGGCCUCAUGAACGCCAGCGCCGAUGACGAUACCGAUGUCGACGACCUGCUCGACCAGUUCCGGCCUUUCCUCAUGGGCCAGUGCGCCGCCGUUGUGAACGAGAAGAAGCCGGCCAAGGAGAUUGUCGACGAGUUCAUCAACGAUGCGGUUGCCAGCAUCAAGAAGGGCCAUUCCUACACGGCGAAGCUUUGAGCAGUUUUGGGGAGUUUUUAGUUUUUUUUUUGGGGGGGAGGGGGUAUUUGUACAUAGGCAGCGGGUUUCAUAAGUUAAAUAGUGUUUUCAAUGAUCUGAUACUAUCCUGUCA